AUAUAGUAUUGACUUUGUCUUUAGUAACUAAAAUAGAAUUGACUAGACCUAACUCUAGACUAGAACUGAAGAUAAUUAUUCAACUGAAACUGAGUGAUUGAGUUUUCCUUAGGACUAACUGAUUGAGUAGGCCUAUAAUAUCGACUAGGCUGCUGCCUAUAGUUGGAGCUCAUUUAAAAGUCAUAAGAUUUGCUGCCUUAUGAUGCUCACUAAGAACCGGUUUUGACAGAUUUGCAACCUGACUACUGCUAUUCGGAAAAAAAAAACGACAAGCUUUCUAUCAAACAAGAGUGUGUGUGUAAGAGGGGGUUACAGUUUAAAAGAAACAGUGUAUAUUAAAUAUUUAGAAGCUGAUGAAAAGUCAGAGAACAAUCAGUAGGACUAAUUUUUUUGUUGUGGGUGGAAGCAUAAAGGAAAAUCACAGCUAUUUUAUUCCAUCUCAUGAAUCAGUAGUUUGAGUCAGCCUGUUUUGAAUUAAAAUUUGUCUACAAUGGAUAGUGAGAAUCCUAUUGCAAGACUUCAAAAAGAGCAACUUUAUCAUCAGUAUGUCCAAGAACAAAUACUUGACAAUGUACCUAAGGAAAAUAUAGCAACAUUCAGUUUUUUUCUCACAAACCUUGCUGAUCAUUGGCGACCACAACAUUUGAAGCAAUCAAACUCAAAUCAAGAUAGUGUAAUUAAUAAAAAUGAUCCAAAUAGAAACACAUCCAAGCAAAAUGUCCUUUUACCACGACGAAGUGAAGCUAGAAACAUUCACAAUGAGAUUCAAGCAGCUGUUAAGAUACAGAGGGCAUGGAGAAGACAUAUUGACAUUCAAGUGUACAAGUAUUACAGAGAUCUGAUUAACUUCAAAUGUCGAGGAGAUCCAAGUGCUAUGUUGAGAUGUAUCAAUCCCAAUGAAGCAAAGCUGUUAGAUGCUGCUGCAGGAAUAAACAUUCGAUUUAGAUUAGCAGGUGAAAAGUUCCCUCCAAAUAUUUAUUACAAAAUUUUUACUAAUCGGCCCAUUCAAGAUUUGUGUGCCAACAGCCCCAAAGAUUAUACGCAAUCUAAAAAACUGACAGCCAAAGACACACAUAGUCAUGUUCGUGUGCCAAAGAUCCAAGAAGAUGACAAACAAGGCUGGUAUAAGAGGAUAGAAAACAAUGGAUGGAGACUCGUCUCUGAUAGAUUGAUUCACCAUAUUCUUAAUGAUCCUGUCACUUGGGAAACAUCCAGAAAAGAAUACAAGUUUGAUCACAGUCGAUUAAAUAGAAGACAAGAUGUUGAAAGAAGGAAAAAAGAGAAAAAAAUUAAAUGGAUGCAGAAAUUGUACAGUCAAGGUUUACUGAAAACCAAAGCUGAUGAUGAAGAGACCACACAGCUGAUUGAAGGGGCCACAGCAGGCAUGAUUGCAACCAUUGAGUCCCAGGGAGUGGAUGCUUUAGAAAACUGGGAAGUUGAUGAACUACUUGCUUGGACAACUGGACUGAACUUCGAUGAAUAUAGGGAUACCUGGCGAGAGCUUGCUACUAGUUCUUCAUCUCAACAAGUUAUAGAGGAAAGAUUUAAACUCUCAACCAACUCUGAUGAUCCAUUUGAAGUGAGUUUAUCCACUGGUCCAUCACGCUACCCCUCCACCCGACAGUCACAUUUUACUAAUGUCACUUUGAACACUGGAGGAGCUAUGGAAAAAAACAGUUUGAUAACUAACCCAGGGUUUUAAUUAACUUAUGUGUUUACAAACAUAGCCUAAUUUAUGCAAUAAAUCUGUGGAGUGUUUUUUGGUGGUCUAUCUACAAUGUUAAAGUUAUAGUCACACUAUGCCAAGACUGUCUAAUGAUGUGAUAUCAUUGAUUGAUUUGAUUCCACUGUGAAUUAAUUCACAAAGUAGUGAUGGUUAAGUGCAAAAGUAUCUUGCCUAUUAAGUUGGCUUACAUUAAAUUAUGGGAUUGAGUUUUGAAUAAAUCUAUUUAAAUUAAUCUCUUAGUUUAAAAUUUAUAGCUGUUUAUUUAAUUAAUUUAUUAAUUUGACAUUCCAACUGUUUUACCAUUAAAUAACUGCAUAAUUUAAAGCAAAUUAUGCAUAGUCUAUAAAUGUAUGUGUAUAUUAAGUUUAAGUUUCAUGACGUUUACUUUGUAUGUACACACUGGCAAUUCAUGAUUUUGACCUAAUGUUAUCAAAAUUCUUGUGCUAAUCUUUUUUUUUUUUUGAUAGCACCCCAGGUAUGAAGUUACAAAAAAUACAUUAAUGCCACAUAUUUAGAAUGAUUUUAGCACCCAAUUAAUAGGGUUUGUCAAAAAUGAAAGAAAUAUUUUUUUUUAAUUGUCAAUAAAAUAAACAAAACACA